AUGACCACCGCACACAUUGCAGUUCCAAACGGCAGGCGAUACCAGCUGGAGACCGGCGUCUUUAUCAACAACGAGUUUCUGGCCACCGACAGCCAACUCGCCGUCGAGGACCCUGGCACCGGCACUGAGAUCUGUGCGGUCCAUCUUGGCGACGAGAAGCAUCUGGACAAGGCCGUGGAGAGCGCAAGAAAGUGUUUCACGGAGGUGUGGCGGAACAAAAGUGGCCGCGAAAGGUCCGACCUUCUGCUCAGGAUGUCGCAGCUGAUGGUUGAACACAGCGAACAAUUGGCCGACCUCGAGGCCCUCGAGAGCGGCAAGCCAAAGGCGACGAACGCCAUUUUCGACGUGCUGCACUCGGCAGACGUGUUUCGCUAUUACAGUGCUUUGGCAAUCACCGCCGAGGACGGCAAGACGGUCGAGACAGAGCGCUCGAAAUUCACCUACACUGUGACGGAGCCAUACGGGGUGUGUGCUGCCAUCAUGGCCUGGAACUUCCCGUGCUCCACGUUUGCGUGGAAAGUGGCUCCUUGCUUGGCGGCCGGCAAUGCCAUUGUGGUCAAGCCGUCCGAAAUAACGCCUCUUUGUGCCCUGUACAUGUGCGAGCUAUUUUUGAAGGCUGGAGCUCCGGCUGGACUGGUGAACGUUGUUUGUGGUCUGGGAGCCAAGGUGGGGUCUGCCAUUGCUUCGCACCCGGGCAUCGACAAGGUCACUUUUACGGGUAGCACCGGCGUGGGCAAGACCAUCCAGAAACUCGCCGCAGAAAACCUCAAGGUGUGCACCCUGGAGUGCGGCGGAAAGUCGCCGCUUGUGGUGUACGACGACGCCGACCUGGAGCAGGCCGUCAAGUGGGCUGCGUUCGGUAUUUUCUUCAACAAGGGCGAGAUCUGCACCGCCUCGUCGAGAGUUUACGUGCAAGCGGAUAUCUACGACGAGUUUUUGGAGAAACUCAAGAUACACGUUGAAGAGAAUUUUGUGCAGGGUCCGCAAUUCGCCGAGGGUGUCAACGUUGGUCCGCAGGUCUCCAAGGUCCAGCAGGACAAAAUCCUGGACUACGUCAAGAUAGGAGUGGCUGAGGGUGCCAGACUAGUGUGCGGGGGCAGCAAAGUGUCUGAUCUGGCAGGCUAUUUUCUGCAGCCAACAAUUUUGGCCGACUGCUCCCAAAACAUGAGAGUUGUCCAAGAAGAGAUCUUUGGCCCUGUUGUCACGGUGUCCAAAUUCAACACGGACGAGGAGGCAAUUGAGCUGUCAAACGACUCGUUGUACGGCCUGGCUGCAUACCUGUUCACUCAAAACAUCAACCGGUCGCAGAAGUAUAUCCGCGAGGUGCAGAGCGGCCAGGUGUUUGUGAACUACACGUUCGCAGCAGACUACCGUAUGCCGUUCGGAGGAUACAAGAUGUCGGGAAUUGGCCGCGAGCUGGGCGAGGCCGGCCUGGCAGCGUUCAGCCAGACAAAAGCGGUCCACAUAAAUUUAUCCAGUAAACUGUGA